AUGACCGUCAUCACCAAUGAAAAGAAUGAGCUCAUCCCCACCAGAACAGUCACCGGUUGGAGAGUCUGCAUCGACUAUCGUCGCCUGAAUGAUGCCACUAGAAAAGAUCACUUCCCACUCCCAUUCAUUGAUCAAAUGCUCGAGCGAUUGGCCGGCCACAAUUACUAUUGCUUCCUCGAUGGGAUGUCUGGCUACUUUCAGAUUCCCAUCUCACCAGAAGAUCAAGAGAAAACCACAUUCACUUGUCUGUACGGCACUUUUGCGUAUCGGCGCAUUCCUUUCGGAUUGUGCAAUGCACCAGCAACCUUUCAACGGUGUAUGAUUGCCAUCUUUGACGAGUUGGUGGGAGAUAUCAUGGAAGUCUUCAUGGAUGACUUCUCAGUAUUCGGAGAUUCCUUCGACAAAUGCCUCCACAACCUCGAAAAAGUUCUAAUCCGAUGCGAAGAGACGAAUCUCGCUCUCAAUUGGGAGAAAUGCCACUUUAUGGUGACCGAGGGCAUUGUCCUUGGACACAAAAUUUCAUCACAAGGCAUCGAGGUUGAUCGAGCAAAAAUUGACGUCAUCUCCAAUCUUACACCACCAGUCAAUGUGAAAGCAAUAAGGAGUUUUCUUGGGCAUGCCGACUUCUAUCGACGCUUAAUCAAAGACUUCUCCAAAAUUGCUCGACCAUUGACAAAGCUUCUCGAGAAGGAUGCUCCAUUUGACUUUACGGCGGAAUGCAACGACGCAUUUGCGGCACUAAAGCACAAACUGACCCACGCCCCGAUUAUGGUGGGUCCCGACUAG